CACUAGAUGGAAACUUUCCUGGUCCAUGUUUUCCCCAAAUCCAUCUUGAACUCCCCAGCUUUUAUCCAUACCCAGAUUUCUGCCGCUGUGCUUUUCGUUUCAGAAGCCAGGGACCUGUUUGUGGAGAAGAGGGACCUUAUCAACUGAUUCAGCCGGGAUGGAGUGUCUAUCCAGCCGAAAACUGCUGUAGAGAUGAGGACCUAGACAACCCUUUUUCACCUGCUGUCAUCCGGUCAGGCGAAGAGUGGAUUAUGUCACUUCCCCAAGAAGAAAAUCUUGUGUUCAACGCGAUUUUUGAACUUCGCGGGCGAAGAAGAGGAAAUUGCCGCUCCUAGUGGUGGCGUCGGUGAUGACGUCUUGCUCUCUGAUUGGUUCAGCAACCUCUGAGAAGCCAACACAGCUGGCACCAGCUCAACAAAUAUGCCGCGUAAACUGAGAUCCACAAGCUCUGGUGGCAAACCAUCAGCUGUCAGGAAGCUCCAUGACACUACAAGUACAUCCCAUGAGGCUAGUGUUUCAACAUCUUCACCUGGUGAUGCACCAUCAUCAAGAAGCGAUAGUAGUGAACCAGGCCCAUCUACAUCUCGACAAGCUGGUGCUGCAGGUUCCAGAAGAGGCUGUCGAUCUCAGACAUUUCUGGACCUCCUUGAUGAAAGCGACUUUAGUGAGAGUGAUGAUGACUGGCUACCCGAGGCAGUGACGUCAGCUGGGAGACUGAUUGGUGUUGAAGAAGCUGUCACUUCAUCGGACUCGGAUUCUGAAGAGGAUCUCCAGGAGAUAUCUGUGUCUUCUACUGUUGGAGAGCCAAGAACCAGAACACUGUGUACUCAGUGUAAGAUAUAUCUCUGCAGCUAUGCAAAGAGAAACUGUUUCUUUGAGUUUCAUGUAUAAGUGAUCUGAUAUUUGCUUUCUAUUUUUUGGCAUGGUGCACAUAUGUUACUUCUGUAUUACAUAGAAGGACACUACAGCAGUGAUAUUGCAAUUUAUUCUAGUCUUACACUAAAGAAUAGGCUCACGAAAGGAGAUUUAUGUUUCAUGAUACUUAAUGAAUCCAUUUUUAUACAUAAAGAAAAGGACGUCCUUGUUUUGCAAAUUAUGCAAGCAUUUUUCUACCAUUUUAUAGAAGGGUAUCUUUUAUUUCCUUCGAUGUAGUAAUUAAUAAUGAAACUACACAUUUACAGAAAGAAUGUAUUUAUUAAAAAAAAAAAAAAAAAAAAAAAUGCAUAUAUUCUACCAUUUUACAGAAGGAUUCUUCUUUAUUUGCUGCUAAUAUAGAUUGCAGAUAUGCAAUAAUUGAAAAUAAAAUGUUUUGUUUUAUA